AUGAAGGUGAUGUUACUGUUGUCCCUGUUUCUUUAUGCUAGUAGUACAACCAGUGGAUCUUACUGUAUGUCUACUGACUGUACUAAUCAAGGUACCUCUGGGUCCUUCUUAUUAUAUCUAAGAGUCUGUUGUGUUAUUGAUAACUUGGGAAGGAGUGUUACUAUCAAAGGGAAUGGCAUCAAUAGAUACAUUCUCUGUCCAAGAAUACUACCAAAGUUUUGUCCAUCAGUCUCUGAAGAAAAUAGCACAAUUAAUGGAAACAGCACUAUUGAUGGAAACAGUACUAUUGAUGGUAACAGCACUAUUGAUGGUAACAGCACUAUUGAUGGUAAUAGCACUAUGGAUGGAAACAGCACUAUUAAUGGUAACAGCACUAUUGAUGGUAACAGCACUAUUAAUGGUAACAGCACUAUUGAUGGUAACAGCACUAUUGAUGGUAACAGCACUAUUAAUGUAAACAGCACUAUUGAUGGUAACAGCACUAUUAAUGUAAACAGUACUAUUGAUGGUAACAGCACUAUUGAUCGUAACAGCACUAUUGAUAGUAACAACACUAUGUCCCCUGGACCAGUGAAGGUCAAUUGUGAUGGAGAAGGUGGUUGGACUAGAUCUGGAGCAGAUCCUGGUCAGUCAGCUUCUAAUGUUCUCUAUGCUACUGAUCCAUUAUGGGAUGGACAGCAAUGUGAUGGCCCAGAGUCUACCUGCUGUCCAGCUAACUCUAAGAUACCUUGGUUCUAUCGUUCACUGGAUACACAAAUCACUGAUGACAUUAGACUGAGAGUGUGUAAAAGUGGGUUCAGAUCAGGCAAUGACAUAUUAUUAGAUAUCAUUGAACUAUACAUCAAAUGA